AACUUUUUACUGCUGCAAAAAGUUGCUGGUCAUGUGGAUCCAUUGAGAUGGAGAACGGGGCCUACGAGGAUGAGCCAUCGUCCAGAAAGUUACAUCCUCACCACUCCUUCGAGGAGACGCCUCGGGCGCCCCUAAGAAAGCUCAUCCGUCCAACUGAAUUAUUUCGCAUGGAUUCCUCCACGAGUCCUGACUCCCACAUCUACGAGGACAUCACUUCCGGCGCCUCAUCGGCAAAUUCCCCCUUUCGGUCAUCCUCAGAUGCGCGUCUCCCGGAACCUCCUCGACCAGAAAUCCCAAACUCUCAACGGCAGCCUAUUCCGGAAAAUCGGUAUUACUCGAAUUCCGAGAUUGAGCGAGAUUCCUCAAAUUCAUUUCACCGAAAUCUCACACUCCCGCUGAGAAGAGCGAACCCUCUGAGAGACAGUGUCGAAAGCGUGAUCAGCUCUUCCGUCCGCGUCACCAGCAGAGAAAGGAUCCGAGCCGGUCCUCCAAUUUGUGAGAAUGGUUCCGCGAUCGAGGAAAACUCGAGGUACACUUCCGGUCCCAUAGCGGAAGUUCACAGCGAUCGACACGCGAAAAGACGUCGAAAAAAGGACUGUAAACACUGCAAAAAUCGAACCAAUUCCGGAUUCUCUUCCGCCAGUGAAGUUCCAGUGGAUGUCCCCUGUAGUGAAAGACUGUACGAGGAAAAUGAGUUCGGACUCGAGCAAGACCGGAAUGGAAAGUCGCGGCUCGGGAUUGAACCGAUUUUUCACCUUCCCGAGGGCAGGUUGCCGAGUUUUUGCAGCGCGAGAUGUGAAAAAACGGGGAGAACGGGCAGUGUUUAUUGCAUUUCGAACAAUGUUGAUGUGAGUGGUAAUGUUCAGGGUAAUGGACAGGGUAAUGUGAAGACCUUGAACUAUGACAAGAACGACAUAGAGGCUCGGCUCGCCCACGUUGAGGGCUGCGAGGACAAGGCCCUCAUUACCCCGCCGAAGAACAGUCGAGCUGGGAUGAAGGUGAACUCUAUCUACGCGCAGGAACACUGGCAUACCAAGGACGCGCCGAUCUUCCUUACCGACGUUAAGGAACAAAGUCCCUUUCAGAGGGCUUAUUCCCUCCCGGUACGGACGCAUACCCCAUCGUCUGAAAAUCGGGUCAAUUUGCGUCGAAGUGUGAGGGGUGAACCACCCCCUCAUCCUGCCAGACUUCGAAAACAUCGUCACGGUUGGACACUUCAUUUUGCCCGACCUCUCGAUGGCUCUGGUUGCACCAGGUAUAUUGUACUUCUUCUCAUCGUGAUAUUAGUUCUUCUUGGAAUUGGUGGAAUUGCCCUCUACAUCGUUUUUGAGCCACAAAAGCUGCAAAUAAUUCAACAAUACUUAAAGUCGUCGGGACGGAAUGCCACGACGAGUGAGAACUUCACUUCCGGUCUGGAGCAUAAUAUGUCGAACGAUGCGGUCCCUGCACUCCCAGUAGGUGUGCUUUUGAACGCAAGCCUCCCGUUCCCGUUUCCGGAGGCCAACGACGAGCAACCGGAAACGGAAACCGAGGUGUAUUCUACCACCGCAAUGGUGGAUUUAAAUUCCACAAGGUACUGUGACGACUGCGUCGUCGGAGAGGUCUGUGUGGCACUUGCGGACGAGGAGGUUCCCACCUGCAGAAGGGGACCGGAUUCCCUGGACCCCACCGGCUGCGCGGGACUUUGUUUAAUCAAUAAACAAAAGUGCCAUCGACUAGACUUAGACGCUUUCAGAUGCGUGGAUGUGGAACAUUACUGCCUGGAUGAUGAGUGGACAUGUAAGAACACUCUUUGCAUCCCCUUAGUGAAACAUUGCGACGGACACAUGAAUUGCUACGACCACUCGGAUGAAUACAAUUGCGAUUGCAAUCUUGAGACGCACUUCCAAUGUGGCAAUGAAACUUCCUGCCUUCCGCUGGAUAGAAGGUGUGAUGGAAAAAUCGAUUGUUGGGAUGCAACAGACGAGAUAAACUGCACAUUGGGUGAGUCCUGUCCGCUGGAAAGCGAAUUCACGUGCAGCGAUGGCCAAUGUAUAUUGAGGGCCCGUUUCUGCGACGGACUGCGGGAUUGCGCGGAUGGGUCAGAUGAGCCGCAUGGGUGCCAAGGGCGAUGUAAUAAACACGAAUUUACAUGCCAAAACGGCAGGUGCAUCACAAAGAAUAUGAAGUGCAACGGAAUCGAUGACUGUGGUGACGGAACCGACGAGCAACAUUGCAGAGACCGAACGUCUUAGAUAUUUUUAUAAAAAUGCAUGAAAAAAAAAAAUAAUAGAAAAAAAAUGAAUUGUAUUGCCAAUGU